AAACAGCGAGCCAUUGCUUUGACGUCACGGUGAUGAUGAUGAUUGGAAUUCGCACGGCGAGUGUAGUGCGCGUGAAGCGGCUCCUGUGAACCUCAGUAUGUUGAUGCCUUAAUAACAAGUGUUCAAUUUACGCGCCAAUUGCAGGAGCACUCAAGGAAAGAAGCAAAUCCGUGAGAUGGUUCGGUAGACGUCAAUGUAAUGGAUUUGACAAAAAUGGGUGCGAUCCACCUCCAGAACCCCGGCCACCCCACGUCGCUCCUGCAGAAGGCCAACCAGAUGCGCCUCUCUGGGACAUUGUGUGAUGUGGUCAUCAUGGUCGACAGCCAGGAGUUUCAUGCCCACAGAACCGUGCUUGCAUGUGCUAGUAAGAUGUUUGAGAUCCUGUUCCACCGCAACAGCCAACAUUACACUCUGGACUUCCUCUCACCAAAGACCUUCCAGCAGAUUCUGGAGUACGCCUACACCGCCACGCUCCAAGCCAAGCUGGAGGACCUGGACGACCUGCUGUACGCCGCAGAGAUUUUAGAGAUAGAAUACUUGGAGGAGCAAUGUCUGAAGAUCUUGGAAACCAUCCAGGCGUCCGAAGAGAACGACACGGACGUGAACAUGAACGAGAACGGCGCAGAGGAUGCAGAUGACCGCAGGAUCAAGUACCUUAAGAGCACAUUAGUCUCUAAAAAGCAUUCCAUACAGGACGCUGGCCAUCGCUUGGCGCUGGUCGGCAUGGUUGAUAAGAGAUCUUCAGAGUCCACCCAACUGGGUCUUUCAACCGUCAGUCCAACUAAAGCAGCCGUAGAGGGCCUUAUGAGCAUGGGGCAGUCUUUCCACCAAGCAAACAUGGCCCAGAGUUUCUCAAACAACCUUGGUAACUCUUCUCCUUUGCUAGAUAAAAUCAAGACUGAGAUGAUGCAGGUAGAUGAGGACUACCAACAUGAUGGUGGCUUCCCCAGGAACGGGGAGGUUGGAGGUGAUUCCAGGCAGCUCCGGGACACUCCUGGAACCCCGACCAGAGGUAGCGUCAUCACCAGCGCCCGCGAGCUCCACUCCGCCGAUAGUUCUGCUGAUUCGCAAGGAGACAACAGCCAAGUGGGUCUAGUCAAUAUGGCCAGUCUGGCUGAUAGACAUUUCGCUUCGCUGUGCUCUAUCCCGUCCAAUCAUAAGAGUGAAAGCAUGCUGCCCUUGCCUGUGUCCAUGGCCUCAUCGCUACAUGUGCCGUCCUCCCUGGCCAUGUCGAUGGACUUCAGUGCCUACGGGGGGCUCUUCCAUCAGAGCUUGAUUCAGAGGGAGUUCUUAAGCAAGCUUGGGCACUUCACAGCGAAUGUAAAGCAUGAGGUCCAAACCCAGAAAGAAAGAUGUGAGGUGUGUGAUAUGGAGCUGCCUGAUAAUGAAGCUGCGGAACAACACAGGAAGUUGCAUGGCGGAGUGAAGACCUUUGGCUGUGAGUUCUGUGGAAAGCAGUUCCUGGACAGUUUACGAUUGAGGAUGCACAUGCUGUCUCAUUCAGCUGGACCAAAAGCGCUAGUAUGUGAUCAGUGUGGCGCUCAGUUUUCCAAGGAAGACGCCCUGGAAGCCCAUCGACAGACUCACACAGGCUCAGACAUGGCCGUGUUUUGUCUCCUAUGUGGAAAGCGUUUCCAGACCCAGAAGGCUUUGCAGCAGCACAUGGAGAUUCAUGCCGGCAUGCGCAGCUACGUCUGCAGCGAGUGCGAGCGCACCUUCCCGAGCCACACGGCGCUCAAACGCCAUCUUCGCUCGCACACAGGUGACCACCCAUUCGAGUGUGAGUUCUGCGGGAGCUGCUUCCGUGACGAGAGCACUCUGAAGGGUCACAAGCGCAUCCACACCGGAGAGAAGCCUUAUGAAUGUAACGGCUGCGGCAAGAAGUUCAGCCUCAAGCACCAGCUGGAGACCCACUACCGCAUCCACACAGGUGAGAAGCCGUUUGAGUGCAAGCUGUGCCACCAGCGCUCACGGGACUACUCCGCCAUGAUCAAACACCUGCGUACCCACAAUGGCGCUUCGCCCUACCAGUGCAUCAUCUGCCAGGAGUACUGCCCCAGCCUCUCGUCCAUGCAGAAGCACAUGAAGACCCACAAGCCCGAGGACGUGCCCCCAGACUGGAGGAUAGAGAAGACCUACCUGUACCUCUGCUACGUGUGAGAUGGGCCGACAGAACCGAAUGAGAAAGUGGCGAGAUGCACUCAAGGACAAUUCACCUGAAGGUUUGCUUUUGGUCCAGGCCAAAGACAGUGAGGGGGCGUGGUCAAAGUGAUGAAAUUUGAUGUGGAUUUGUUUGCCCUUUUGUUUGUGACAUGCAUUUGUGCACAUGUUUAGGAUGUAACUGCACUAACAUAUGUUUAUGAAAUGGAAAUGUUAUAUGAGGGAUGGGAAUUUUGAGAAAGUGUUAGGACAGUCCACCACUAUGACGAGAAUCCAUUUGUCUGCAUUCCACCUUGUUGAUUGGAGAAAUUCACUGCAUGAUCAUAAUUGUAGUAUUUUAUUCAAAUAAGGAUUCCCGUCAUUUUUUUUCCUCCAUGAAAGACACAUAAGCCAUAAAUUUUUAAGACCCCAAGAAAUCUGUCAUAGGGAUCAUCCAGUAGGGUUCAGUUACAUCACAACCAUAUUUUUAAAUGCAUAUCCGUUAAAGGUCAACGUUUAGAAUACGCUAGCAACCUCAAAGCUAACACACAUGGACUCAAAGCCUCCUAUUUUAAUUUCAUGGAGUCUUAAUGGAGCUAUUCUGAGUCUAAUAAAAACAUGGACCAAAGCUGAAAACUCUCACACACACACAGGAAUAGAGGAGCUAAACACAUUAGUGAAUGAAAUUAUUUCUUUUUUCAAUAAAUUGCUCCCUUAAGUUCAUUAUUAGGCUCUCCAGUCCUCAAUUUUCAAGUUUUUUUUUUUUUUUCAUGUAUAAAUCCAUGCGGGAAUAUGCACAGAGUUGGACCCAUUAGUCAUUUUCUUUAAAGUGUAAUAAAGUGCUUAACAAAACAGCUUUUCUCAGUGGUACAUCCAAAUUGUGCUGCCAAGCAACUGCAGUGGAUGUUCAGGGACAUGUAUUCAAUCUUAAAUAACUACACUGUGCACUUUCAGAUUUUCAGAGGGCCGUUUUUUGUUGUUUUCAGCACCAUUUCUGCAUUUAGUGCAUUCAGACGAAGCCGGAGAGGUGAAUCUCUGUGAUUUGCUUGCAUUUCAGUCACUUUCGCACCAAAUAGUACAGCAUAUCAGUUGAUUUCUUUUUUUAUGUUCACAUGGUUACAUGACAAAAUCACAGUUUUGCAACUACAGGCAUUUUAGUCUUAUGAAAUGUUAAUAUCGUACUCAUAAAUCAAAUUAUGAAUUAAAAAGAGAUUAUUUUUUACAUUUACAAACCGCAAUGCAGUAUGUUUCUGCAGUCUUCUGCUGAGGAUAUCUGUAGUUAGCUCACCGUUGUAGUUUGUGCUCUGUCAUCUCUGUUUGAAUGUUUUACUUGAAUUGCCUAAUUGUGUUACCUCACAUGCUAGAUUUAUUUUUGUUCUAGACUUUUUCUCUCAUUUCCUGCUGAGCUUUGUUUAAGAGCUGUACAACGCAUUAAGAAUGCCACAUCAUCAGGCCCAAUUGAAAUCGGAGAGAAAUUUGAGAGACAAUUGGAACAUUUGUUCGCAACAUUCUACAUAUUUGCUGCCCCUUAUGUUUAUGUUUUGGUUAAUUGAUAAAUGUUUUAUCUAUCAAUAAGACUGUAGUACUUUAGUACUUUACAUUAAGGCAUUUUACUAUGUUUAAAUCUAUUCUGCACUACUUAAAUUGUAAAGAUGUGGUCACAUUUGCCUUUUGUUUGGCAUAUAUCAACAGGCAAAAUCAAAAUAACUCAUGGCAAUAUGUAUCGAUUUAAUUUUUGGUGUGCAGUUUGUACAAUCUCAAUCUUAUUUACACUGUUUGUAUGCUCUGCUUACACCCAUUGAUGGUUUAGUUCAGGGGUGGAACUUCAUGCUUGCGUAUUUUUCUAAAAAUCAUCAAUUUAUGCACCAAACAAAUUGUUCAAAUUCAUACAAAAUCACCUCCAAAUAAAAUACUUAUGUUUUCUUAUGAGAUCAGGUUGGAAAUCUAGUCUUACAUAAGAGUGAAAGAUACCCAUUUUGGGAAUCACAUCAUACUAGGGUUGUCCCAUAUCAAUCGACUAACCGUUAGUCAACCAGAAGAGGAAACUUUACAUGGCCACUCAAUCUGAUGUUGAAGCGGAACAGUAAUGCUCACUGCGUGACAGAUGGAGGCGCCGGUGCGCUCACGUAGCCUACUCCUAAAAUACUUUGACAUUUUUGGUCAUACAGAUAAGAGUAAACUAUCUUUAGAAUUGGUAAAGUUUGUGGGCACUCACAAUAACAACAAAACAUUGCGCUUUUGUAAAAUAAUGAAAGCAAAUAGGAUGCGCUAUCUGCCAUCUCUGUUUGUGGAAUUGAGCGUGAAACUCCAAAAGUUUGUAUACUUGCCUUACAGAUCUAUAGAGAGCGAAAUGUCUACUUUCAAAUGAACCUAUUAAAACACAAAUUCAAUAUUAUGUAAUCCGUAUGAAACGCACACACAGGCACAUCCACUGCUGAAAAGAAGUGAAAGAAAACACUAUAGUGUAUAGCCUCAUUACUGUUUUUUCCUGACAUUCAUAAUCAUUGACCUUUGCAGUGCACUUUGGCAAGCUUUAUAUGACUAUUAUAAGCUCAUUAUAAUGAUUUAAAUGGUUUAUUAAUAAAUGUGCGAUUAGUCGACUAAUGAACAACUGCUAAUCAACCAAAAAAUAUUUAGUCGAGGACAGCCCUACAUCAUACACAUUCAUACGAAAUCACCCCCUCGUCAAAUAGUUACCUUUUUUUCAUGAGAUCAGGUUAUAAAUGCAGUCAUUUCAAUAAGAAUCAACCUGAUCAGGAACUUUACAUGAGGGCGAAAGAUUUCCAUACACGCAAGUUUCGCAACAGGCUGAAAUUCAUAUUUUUUUUAAAUCGAACAUUUUCAUAUGAACCACAUUAUACUCAUUCAUACGAAAAUGCCAUCUCAUAAAAGAGUUACCUUUUCUCGUAAGAUCAGGUUGGAAAACCAGUCACUUAAAAAAAUAAAAUAAAAAUACAAUCUAAAUGAUCAGGAAUUUCAUGUGAGAGCAAAACAUUAACACUUGUACAGAUUUUGUAACGAGUUUAAAGGUAGGGUAGGUGAUUUCGGAGAGGCUAGCAAGAGAAAGCUAGCUUUGAAAGCAUAAGAUCCCACCCUCCCUGUAAAUCAAUCUCCAAAUCCACACCUCCUCCAAAUCACAUGAACCUGCACAGGCAAACCAGAGGCUAAACAGUGACACAAUGAGAGAUGGGUUUGGUACAGGGUUGAAUGCAACACUAUCAGACUAACUUGUUUCUCUUUCACCACUUCAUGCUUAACGUCUAUUCUCUAAAAAUCUUUUGUUUUUCAUAUAAGUAGCGUGCAUUCAUUUAAAAUUCACCCAUCACUACAGUAUUGACAAUACAACUUUUUCACUUAUGAAAUGAUUCUGAAAUUUGCUAAUGUGACCACAUCUUAAAUGCUGAUUCCGUCUGGGUCUGUAAAUUAUUUGGUGUUGUUUUAGCGUUAAGCAUAGUACUAGUGUGCAUAUCUGCCUCUCGGCCUUUAGUUUCAGGGCUACCUCUACUCUGCUCUCAGUUUUGCACUAAAGCAAAAGCACAUUUUUGUUUCGCUUGUAACUAGCAUUUUCAUUCACACCCACUCUUAUGUUUCCAUUCACUAGGAAAAAAAAAGACAGAAAAAAAAACAGUUAAUUUGUCAUUAUAUUUACACUCCUUACGAUAAAACGUAUUCAGCCUGAAAGGGGUAGAUGCAUACAUUCUAGAUGAUUUUAGAAUAGCAUUGAGAAAAUGUUUAGUUAUUAGAUACUUGAGGGGAUAAACUUGAAACAAUGUGAAUAAAAAUGAUGUUUUUAUGUGAAAAUUGUUCAAGCGGUAAGUCAUCAGAGAUGUUGUACUGAUGCUUGCAGUUACGUGGAAAAGUUUGCUAGAGAAGACAAAAACAAAUAGGUGAUUUUCUGUGAAAAUAAAUCUCUCGACAAGAGCCAAACACGGCACUUUGAUAAGGGAAUAUGUUGUAUUUUUGUAUGGGGUAUUGUGCGACCCGUUCUUUUUUCUUUAUCUUUUUUUCAUUUUGAGUGAGGCAAAUAUUUUGACAGUAUCUUUUGCAUUUGUGCUUGUUCUUGAUUUGCGUGGAAAAUUGUUUCCUUGUGCUUAUUUUACAAUGUUAAACAUAUACAAGUAGUAGAUGUUUGUAAAAACAUAUUGUAGUUAUUGCUGCUGGGUGUCAGUUCAUACAAUGAUGAUGAUGAUUCCACAUUUUGAGUAUAAAAUGACUGUGAGUGAACUAAUGCCAAGAGCUGUAGGUCAAAGGAGCACAAGCGACCUGUAAGACAUGAAAAAUAAAGCUAUCUGUGUGUUUGUAUCGUGUUCACCGCUCACUGUAAGAUAAGAGUCACCUACAGUAUACGGUCUGUACUGGUCCUUGUGUGUGCAGUGUAAGUCAAUGUGGUCGACUUGUUCAGUGUUAAAUACAUGCACCGGUUAGCAACAAAGAGGUGCUCUGACAGACACCCUGUAAAUGAUUUGAUACAUCAUCUGCCCUGUAUUUUUGUCUUUAUGCAAAGUCACCUUGAUAUGAACUGUGCUCUUAGGCAAUCAGGGAUGCCUUCACUUUACUCACAGAACAUUAUAGAUAUCAAUUUUAGGAUAAACACCUACACUCUUCAUUUUUUUAUCCAUUAUGGCUACUACAUUUAGUUUUGUAAUCCCCUUUUCAGUCCCCACAAGCAAUAAAUCUACAAGUCAGCAUUGAAGUGAAAACUUGGCAUCCCUGCUGCUGUAUCACUGUGUUUUACUUUGCUCUCCGACAGGAAGUAGCCAUGUCACUCAGUGCGCCCAUAUUUGUGCCAUUGUUACACAAAUUAAUACUCGGACUGAGGAUCCACAUGGGACCAAAUGGCCAUUUUCGCUCCAUUUGCCUUGUUCUAGUGACAAGACUGUGUUCUUGGUGUCGAAAUGGUUUUACAUUCGUUGUGUUUUACUUUAUUGUAUUGUCUACCUCAGCACCAGUUCGUUGUGUAACUUUUAAAAGGUGCCCAAUUAUUGUUACUUUGUUUUGUGCAUAGAUUUUGUAUUAUAGCAUUGUAGGGUUUUUGUUCUCUUUGUUUCAGCAUAGAGAUGCUGUUUUGAAGCACUGUGUGGUGAAUUUGAUGCUGCAGAUAGAGGUGUAGAUUCCCUUUCCCUUCUCUAUGUGGGUUCAGACACAUCUCUGUGUACGUCAGUGUUCAAAAAUAAACUUGUAAACAGAAA